CGNUGAUACGCAACGAAGAGCGGGAAUUUGAUGGUUUUUCUUUCAUUCUAGAAUUCGAAGGUAGCAGUUCACAGCGCAUUUCCACACGUACCGCCAAAGAGCGCUUGGAGUGGGUAAAGUGCAUUCAAUUGGCCUCGUAUGCAUAUCUAGAUCGUCAAAUUAAAUAUCUCCAAGACCAAAUUGCCAUUAAAAUGGGCAAUCACAUCGAGCGUGGUGUACCACCUACGGUUGCAGCUAGUGAUGCAUUGCUAUUUAAUGCUGGCCGCGCUGUUGGUGGUGUAGCUGCAACAAUACAUAACACAGCAACGGUCAAAGUGGACGAAGGUGAUCUUAUACAAUUUUAAGAAUAUUUUGUUUAUAGCAAUGUAAUAGUUUUUAAUUGCUUUAUAGUAGUUUAUACAAUUAACUUGCAUAUGUAAAUAUUGAGUUAAAUUUAAGAUCUCGUAGAAAAAGGGAGAUUAAAUAUCUAUUUGGAACUAAGCGUAGUUUCAAAUGAAAAAAAAAACAUAUUUUUUGGCCCCGCAGUUAAUCCUUUUUAAUACACUUAAUUGAAAUAACUGAGAUUAUUUUUAAAAUAUUUUAGGUAUUUAAAUCUGAUCCAAAAGUAGGUCGUGAAGUUAGCAUUGAACUUAUAAAUGGAAUUUUUAAUAUAGAUCUAAUUGCACUACCUAACCCCUAUAAGCUUGUACAUAUAAACAUACUUUCCUAAAUAUUUGGAUUAUAAGCUUGAAAUUCUUGUCUUUUUACGCAUAACUUAGUCUAGGAAUUACAAAAAGUGCCCAUAGUGAACUUGGGUAUUGAAGCACAGGGGAAAACAAAUAUUUUUAACACAGGAAGUUAUUUCGAGGAAAAAACCUUUUUCAAAAGAAAAAAAUAUGCCAAGUACUAAUUACGACGUUAUAUAAGCUUUUUUAAGGACUUUGAAAUAUCCCACUAUUAAAAAGCCAAAAAUAUGGAUUUAUAAUUUAGUUU